AUGGCUGGACAGGGGAAGUUCCCGGUCACACCAGAACCAGAUGACAGGCCGCCCGUCUCACGCAAAAGCCUUCUGGCCGGCGAAAUUCGUGAUGACCAGAGAGGCCGGACCCCGGAGCUGAAGCCUAGAGGGGGGAUUGGCGUGAUGGACUGGUGCCUUCAGAUGUCAUCAUCGCUGCCGGCCGCGGCCUCCUUGACACUUCUCAACAAGCAUGGUAUUCCGCAUCGACGUAUAAACAUGUCCGCGGAUCUCUUUGCCGAGUUUUGUCAGUCUGCAAAUUCGACGCAGCCUCCGUCGCAAUCGAACAAUCUCUUUGGCCACUCAUCACAGCACCACCAGCACCACCACCAACCGCAACACCAGAUACAGAAUCAAGCCCACAUACAAGACAUUUCCCAUGUGUCUAGCAGCGAGGAUGAUGCAUUGCCGGCCCAUCAAUCACUUUCGCAAUGGUCGUCGUUCCAGAGUACUACGCCAAUCAGCAUGCGUGCCUGGGACCAGCCCGCGAACGUUUCUCAGUCAUCAAUUGUCGUUCCGCAACGGGCAGAUGACGACGAUGGAUGGGGAGACUUUGAAGUAGCACACCCAACGGAGGCAUCCGCAACACCCAAAGUAAACACACAGCCCCCGGUUUCCAGUAUCCACGGCUGGAGCUCUUCUUCUGCCUUCAAGUCUAGCCCACAUGGCAUACACAACAGUGCAGCACAUGCCCAGGCUAACGACUCGGUCAGUAGCAGCGGUUUAGAGGAUUUCGGCACAUUCAGCAGUCAGGCAGAUCGACAUCCACAGCCUUCUUGGCCCCCAACAGAACCAAAGACCGGAGCACAGAUGAAGGCAACACUUACUAGUCCAAAUGUGUUAUUUGAUGCAGACGACUUCGAACUGCAAGAUGGCGGGGAAGCGUGUGAUGAUUUCGACGAGUUGGGUGAAUUCGAGGCCGUCGAGUCAACAUUCAAUGCAGCCCUGGCGCCAGCUUGCACGUCACAGCUUGCACCGUCCCUUGAUCUCCUGGGGCUUGAUGAUGCUCCAGUGUCCCCUUCGCGAAAAGGAGCAACCCCGAAAGUCAUCAAAGAAGAGUCACAUCCGGCUGCUGCUGCAUUAAGUCUUGGAGCCAUGUCUUCUUCAAAUCAACUCCGACCCUUGCAGUCACCAACAUACCAAAAUCAGCCCUCCACUGAUGAAGACAAUGUCAAGAAGUCGACUCAGAUAUCAACACAUGAGUGGCUGCGGGAUGCUGGUGGUGAUUUUGAAACUACAAAGGUCAUGGCAAAUGACAGCAGUCCGCCGCCAACGAAUGUCCCUCCUCCCUCGAUUCUGCUUUCGGCAUUCCCAGAGCUCUUCAAUACUGGAAAUUCUUUGUUCAAAUCUAUAGCCGGGCAAAGUUUAUCCGUCAAACAACAGGUUCUCUCGACCCCCAAAGCCAUCCAAUUCCUUCAAGGAUACGUUCUGCUGGCAUCGACGGCUGCGCGUGUGAUUGCUGGGCGGAAGCACCGGUGGCACCGAGACAAAAUUUUGGCGAAGAGCAUGUCUAUUUCUGCAGCAGGGAGCACGGGCAUGAAGCUCACCGGCGUAGAUAAACAACAAUCUGCACGGGAGGAUCGUGAAGCUGCUGACGUGGUUGCUGCUUGGCGAGAGCACGUGGGGAGACUACGAUCGGCAACGGCAACGGCCAACUCUGCUGCCAAGGCCAGUAUCAGAGUGCCGGAGCUUACGGAAAACCCAAAAAUCCAUACGGCAAAGAUGGCCCCGACAGCCCCCAAACCAUGUGUUAUCUGUGGACUCAAGAGAGAAGAGAGGGUUGCAAAGGUUGACUUGGACGUUGAAGACAGCUUUGGGGAAUGUGUCGGCGAGACGUUCGUCUACCUCAAUCUCCUGUACUACGUGAGCACCCUCAUGCUUCACCGCGAGUACUUCCCCUUCCUGCCGACCCCGGAGUCGGAGCCACGGGGUCCAGUCGACCAGCCCAUGCUGGGGGCGCCCGCCCCCGAGGGCUGGUGGGACGACAGCUCCCGACUCCUCUUCGGCGCGGCAGAGCACAUCGCCGCCAUUCUACACGAGGCCUCCGAGUGUGGCGUGCAUCUCAUGACGCCCUUUGCCGGGUUCUGCGCAUUCUCAGCCGGCUACCUCAACCUCUACGUGGCGAAAUACCCCCGAAUGAACCUGGGCCGCAGCCCGCGAGCAAGCGACUGUCUCAAAAUGUGUCUCGACUACCUGGAAAAGUUUCGACUUGUCUGGAAAAUCGCCGACGGAUGGGGCGGCACGCGCAAGAUCAAAACGAUACACCAUGCAUCCGUGCUCUACGAGCGAGCAACCGAGGACCGGACACGAUACCAGGGGCGCACACGAGCAGACUUUGAUACUCUACACCAGUCUGUCCACGAGUUCCGUGUCGUGGAUAGAUCCGACGCGCAUACUCGGGAGAUUCGGGGCGCGGAGCGGCCCUCGGCGCAGGCGACUUGGCCGGUUCAAGGGCACGAGCACGAGCACGAGCACGAGCACGAGCUCGACACUAAUACCUUGUUGAACCAGCUUUUCGCGGAAGUCAGCAAUAACCUCGACGAGCAGGGGGCCUGGUCUCAAUGGUGGCCGGCGAUUGAUCAGGUGGAUCUUUAA